AAUGAGGAGGGCACAGCGGCACACAACGGUUCAUAGAUGUGGCGCAAAGAAGAGAGAGAUAGGGGAUGCUAGCGUAGCCUCUACCAACAUCGACAACCCUUAUUCAUCCAACUAUUUUGGUACAAAACGUGUCCAGGGCUUGGGGUACACCCAGUUUGUGAUCCCACAUUCACUGGCGACGGUUCUCCAACAGGUUGCGUCUCCCGCUCUCCCCAAUUUUCAAUUACUACUGAUCGGAGCUAGUUAUAAGGUCAAGGAGUUUUAAGUUCAUCUGAACUUCUCGCUAUGGAGAUCAACCAGGACGGAAAAAAAGGUUCUCUCAUUUUAUUGCAGCAGGGGGCAGAAGCUAGAGUGUUUGAGUCAACAUUUAUGGGAAGGAGGUCAAUUGUCAAGGAACGUUUCUCAAAGAAGUACAGGCAUCCAUCUUUGGACACAAAACUGACCCUUAAACGCCUGAACACUGAAGCUCGUUGCAUGACAAAAGCAAGACGGCUUGGUGUUUCCACUCCAGUAUUGUAUGCUUUGGAUACUGUGCUGCAUACCCUAACAUUUGAAUACGUGGAAGGCCUGGUUGUCAAAGAAAUUUUUCUAGAUUUUGGGUUGAAUGGUAUAAACCAGGAACUAAUGAAUGACAUCGCAACACAGAUUGGUGAUGCAAUUGGAAAAUUACAUGAUGGUGGUCUCAUUCAUGGUGAUCUAACAACAUCAAAUAUGUUAUUCCGAAAUGGUACCAACGAGCUGGUUCUAAUAGACUUUGGUUUGAGCUUUACAUCAACACUCCCUGAAGAUAAAGCUGUCGAUUUGUAUGUACUUGAGAGAGCUUUACUCUCAAUGCAUUCGUCUUGUGGGAAUGUGAUGGAUCAGAUACUAGCUGCAUACAGGAAAACAUCAAAGCAAUGGUCUUCCACAUUGAACAAGCUAGCUCAAGUUCGACAGAGAGGUCGCAAGCGCACCAUGGUCGGAUAAGCCCUCUUCAACAUAAUCACCUGUCACAUUUAGUAAUCUGUAAGGGGAGAGGAAAAAUGCUAUUUAGACUAAUCGACGCUACUGUAUGGCAAUUAAAUUACUUGAAUCGUAUCAUUGCCUCAAACUUUUCUGUGUAUUAGUAGUUCUUUAUAAUUCCUUAUGGAGCCAAAUAUGAAGUCAA